CAGACGUGGAGGCAGCUCCCACGGCCGCUGGCAUUGCUGCUGCAGGCAGAGACCCUCCAUUGUCAGCCCUGGGGGGGGGCUGCCGGGGGCCAGGCCCUGCACGGGGAUGCAGGGAGAGGCCCAGCAGCAGCAGGGCUGGGUUUAGGGGCUCGCCGGAGCGGGGCACGGGGGGGAGCGUCACCUGGGGUGGGGGGGAGCAUCCUGUGCUGCUGGGGCUCAGGCGGGGAAGCGGGGUGCUGCCUCCUGACCCCCCGGGAGCAGGGGUGCGAUGAGCUCUCAGGAUGAGCAGUUCCAAGCAGCAGCAGCCCCUGACCCAGCGGCUUCCUCCGCCGAGGAUGGCAUGACCUGGUGGUACAGGUGGCUCUGCAGGAUGGCCGGGGUCAUCGGGGGCAUGUCCUGUGCCUUUGCUGGUCUCUGGAACUGUGUCACCAUCAACCCCCUGAACAUCGCAGCCGGCGUGUGGAUGAUGCUCAACGCCUUCGUCCUGUUCCUGUGCGAAGCCCCCUUCUGCUGCCAGUUUAUCGAGUUUGCAAAUGCCGUCUCUGCGAGGGCAGACAAGCUGCGGGCCUGGCAGAAAGCUGCUUUCUACUGCGGGAUGGCUGUGUUCCCUGUCAUGCUCAGCCUGACGUUGACCACGCUCUUUGGAAAUGCCAUUGCGUUUGCCACCGGGGUGCUUUAUGGCCUGUCAGCGCUUGGCAAAAAGGGAGAUGCCAUUUCCUACGCUCGGAUCCACCAGCAGCAGAAGCAAAUGGAUGAAGAGAAGCUCACGGGGGACCUGGAGGGACAGGCUAUCUGAAGCCCACAACCUUGGGGUAACCUCUCCUGGACACUGAGAUGGUGAAGAUAUGGAAAUCCACCCUGCCCUUCCCUCUGCCCGCUCCCUCCUCUGUUACGCCACGAUUUCCCUGGACACUGCAGCAACUGGAAAUCUCAGGGGCUGGGGCCGGCUGUGCCCUCUUCUCACACCAGCAGCCAGAUCUCAGCGUGUUGCUCCCUCUCUCCUUCUCAACCCUCAACAAAAUAUCUCCCAGUCCCCCUAUUUUUUAAUUUAUUUUUUUUUUUUGGCUGCAGAGGUGCUGGCUCUUUGAGUGCUGCUUUACCAGCCUGAAUAGGUAGCCUUUCUUUGGAGUGAUGCCCGAUAAUGAGCCGAGGAUGCAGUGCUCAUUUGGGAACUGCUCCCUGGAUGGGGUGAGAAGGGACAGAGCUCACGUGCCAGCUCCUUGCUUGUACUGGUCUCAUGGGAGUCAGGGAGCUGCUGGCCUCACACCUGAGCAGAACCUGACAUUGCACGUAGUAACAGUCUCUGGUGUGGCACUUUCCAGGUGUAAUACACUAAUCCAGGGUUUAGCAAUACAUGGUGGUGCUUAAGCUUGGUUCUCUUCCAUUGAGUAUAUUUUAAUAUGGGUCCAGUUAGGCCAGGCAUGGGCAGCAUCCCUGCAUGGGAAAGGACUUCCAGCAAAAAACCCACAUAAAGACGACAACCCCCUCUGCAGAGGAGCUGCCAGAGGUGCUGGGGCAGAUCCCGGCACCCACAAAGCACAGCCCUGCAUCCUCUGGAUACAGCUGCAGGCAGUUACUGCAAUUUACUUGAAUUAUAAGAAUUACUUUGUCUUAAUAAGGGUACUUUUCUUAAGCUUCACUCUUUUUACUGGGGAAGAAGGGACAUAAGGUUUGCUUUACCUCAGCUGAAAAGGGGUACUAUUGCUUGAGCCAAGUGGGAUUUUUUGCUGGUGUAAGGCUUACUGAUGUGCAAGAGCAUCCUUCUCUCGUGAGCCUGGGACUCUGCUCUGUUGUCUCUCACUCCCAGCAUCUGCUCCUGCUCCUGCGAUCCAUCCCUCUGAGCAAGGGACCAGCUCUUUGCUUCUGUCUGGUACAGCCUUUGUCUUUGGGCUCAUGCUCUUUUUGCAUCAGUCCUGAGCUGGUUUUGUAUGGGAAGGUGGCAUAUCCUUCCUUUGCAAACACAGAGAAGUCUGCACCGUUUCAGUGUGGAUAGCUGGGAUGUCUUGCUGCUUUAUUGCAGGCUCCAUCAGUGGUUUUCACACCCUGUUUUCUGUUUGCUUUGUACCAUGCAGGACAAAACUGCUCACUAAGCCCACAUCCCCCUCUUCUCAUCAUGGUUUCUUCUGGAGUUUUUGAUUUAUUUGAUUUUUACAUGAUUGCUUUUUGUUGAUUAGGAAAAGGGGGAAUAAUUUAUUUCUAGUUAUUUAAGUAUUUUGAUGAGACUCAUUUUGUCUGGACAUAGGAUAAAAGAGUGCUACGUUUCCUGUCCUUCAAGGACUGCCUCGUUUCACUGGCAGGGGUCUCUGAGCCCAGGGAGAGCCCUGGCUGCCGUAACUGGGAUGCUGUAAAACCCUACUUCAGCCUUCAGAGCAUUUCUCAGACUUUUGAAAAGUGUGUUGUCCUUUGGCCCCUUUGUCUUCUUCUGGGCCACCGGCUUGACAAAGGUUGUUUUCCCCCUUUUCUGGGAGGGAGAAAGGAGGAAAACUGGGCUGUAAGUGCUGGAUUGGAGGAUGGUACUCACUUGGCAGCCAGGGCAGGUAGCAGCUGUGGUGGAACAGUGGUGGUGGGGACUGCAGCCUGUUCUGGCUCCUCUGCCCUGGCAGCUGAGCUCCCGCAUCUGUGGUCCCAUGUGAAUCCCUGGGCUACCAGGGGGGUUGUGCUGUGCUCUGGGAAAUGCGGUGGGAGGCUGACUGCUGUCUGUUAGAGGGUCUGUCUGCCAGCCACUCUGUGGCUUUCUUGUUGAAAACGAUCUAUCCAGCAUGUCCUUCCUCGGGUGCGGUGUGUAUUUGCAUCAGCUGAAUGAGACCAGCAGGUCCCCGCAGUGCCUGGAUGGAGCCGCUGCCGAGGGGGUGGCUGGGUGCGGGGCAGUGUGUGCAUUGCGGCGGGUCCCUGGCGAUGGGGGGGCUAAGCUGCCAGCUAACCUGAGCUGUUGUUUCUUCCUUGGAAUUGAGGGAGGUGUGAGGAUUUACACCGGUCAGGAACGCGCCUUGGGUUUGUUCACACUCACGGGCCCUCGCAGCUGGAUGCUGGGGAGCCACUUUGUGCUAAGACCCUUCCCCCCGCCUCUGGACCAUGAUUGCUCUGACACCAGCUGCUCUGGGACGCAGAAUAACCCAGAUACAGCUUGUGGCAAUAAGAGCUGUGCCAUUAUAGACCCCGCAGCUCUGGGCCGAUCCUCGUUGCUGCAUGCAAUACGGGGGCCGUUGGCUUUCCUCGUGCACGUGUGCAGGGGCUGCAGCCUGGCCGCGCUGCCUGCAGCAACGGGGUGCAGCAGGAGCAAUGCACUGCAGCCCACGGGGUGCUCAGCAGUGGUGGCCGCUCUGCUCUUCCAGCCAGCCGUGUCCCUGUGCAGCACCUUCACUGGCUGGGUCACGUGCAGAGUCCUGCCUAGCAAACGGGAUGUCUGCUUUGAUUUCAGGGGGGUUUGGGGAGUUAAGUAGUGUUAGUAGAAGAAUGUUGCAGGCUGAUGCACGUAGCUAUGAGCAUGUCUUUGGUAGUGACUGCUUGGCUCUGUGAGUAGUUCCACAGUAGCUUUGGUGACGGGAGGCGAAAGGUAAAGCAGUGGCAAUAGAGGAGCACUUGCAGGCUGAUCUACGCCCGUGGUGAUGAACCACAGAACUGGUAGGACCUUCGCUGGCUUCACCUGAUUGUCCUAAUGCCAUGGACCAGCAGCAGUCCCGGGGGCUGUUGCAGGCAGGUGCUGCUCCAGGUCACCUGGGGGGCUCACUGGCACCGACGGGUCCACUCUGCUCCCUUGGCACCAACGGCACAAGUCCCUUGGACGCCAGCUGUGCUGUCACGAUGUGUUUUGUGGCAGUUGGGCCUGACCCUGGGGCCAAGGCAAGUGAACAGUCUGCAUCAGCUCUGCCACUGUUAGUGGGUUGCAAAGCUCAGCUCUAAGCUCCACGCUUUUGUUGGGGCCUCAGGGACUCUUCUGUAAGGGCUGAGCUGGAGCCUUUGAUCACAACCCUUGAAGGCACUGGCUCUGUUCAGUGUCUAUGCCUGCCACAACAGGAGGGGUCUCAGAUCUGUGCUCCGAGAGUGCUGACUCCUACAGAUGUGUGUCGGCAGUGGGAGCUCUUGGGAAUUGUGCCCGUCUGAUGCAGCUGAAGCCAAGCCAGGCGCUGCCACCAUUGCCGGCAUGGCUUGGUGACAGCACCCAUGGCUUAUCAGAGUUGUAGUAACAGUUAGUAGAUGGUCUCACCUCCGUGUGGGCAAGAGACUGUUUUUGUGGAGAUAGAAAGGACCUUUAGAGUAGUAGCAUCACAGUAGUUAAUAUGCCCAUUCACAGUGCAUGGUGGUUAUUAAUUGUGUUUAGAGGCACCGUCAGGGUGCUUGAAGCUGUGUAAGGAUAAAUGAAGUUAAAAGCCCUGCUCUAGAGAUUUUACAGGCUCAACCCAAUCCCUGCUGAUGGCAUCCAGCCUGGAUGGCUAAUCCGUGGGGUCUCUAUGGAAGAGGUUUUGCUUGCUCCAUCUUGGAAAGUCCUCUUGGGAGACGAUGGGACAGAAGUUUUGUUACGUGAGAACUCAAGAGAGUGGGUGACGUGUUGACUACAGUGAGUUGUUGACACCAAGUGUGGAAAGACACCUGGGUACUGGCAGCACACGUGAGCUUAGCAAUGGACUGUUACACUGUCCACCGCAUGAGCUGUGCGCUUCUUACCCACGUGCAUUUAUACAGCGUGCAACUCUUCCGUGUCCCAGGCAGUCGCGAAGCUGACGGCACUUGUGCAUAUGAGCUCCACCAUCCCCUGGGGCUGCCCGUUGGGUGUGAAGAGAAGAAGAGAAGCUCACAUUCUGCUGUGUGCCCAGAACUCGUUGCUCUGGGCAGGAGCUGAUUUUGUAACACCAAUUGAUUCUCUGUGUGUGCAGUGAAUAAAAAGACCAUUCUACCUCUGGAAA